CACGCCCACAGACCCUCUGCCCUCGCUCAUAUAAGCUGGCCGCAGAUCCAGUCACGCUACCAAACUCCUGCAAGACAACUGCACAGCCAUGAUUUCAAUUGGAGGCCUCACUGGAUUUGUAAUAACUGUGCUGCUGACUCUUCUCAGUGCAACUGUUGGAGAGACCAAAACGAACUCUCUCAAUGAGCCUGACGUCCCUUUCCCGCCUGCCUGUCCCACGGCUCUGAACCUCGCCGCCAUCUGCCAACAAGGUCAGGGUCGUCCCAGGUACCCGGACAGCUUCUUCCCACGCUCCGGUGCCAGCCACUUCCGCCGCCGCGGAAAGGCCAUCAACCGUCUGGAGUCCUGGUACUCUUUGUGCUGCGGCGGACAACAGAGCGCCCAGAUCCUCUGCUGCGCCCAGCAAGCUUGGAAACAAGCCCUGUCCCAGUUCUGCGUUGAAGAAUACGGCACCAUGACUCUCCCGUAUGAGUGCUGUGCAGACGGAGGAGACGCGCGGUGGACGUGCUUCGACAGCGAACUGCCAAACCCAAACUACAGCUCAACCCCAGGGUACACAGCACCCAUAAUGCCCCAGGAGCCAGGAUUCAACUUCAAUGCAAAUGCUUGUUAAAGGUGAAAAAUGAUAUACAAACAGAGCAGUUAGAUUUGUCUGAGAGUGGUGACGUGUUGUGUACCUUUGGGUUAACAUACUCGGAUCCCAUUUGCACAAAGCUGUAUCAGAAAAUUUGCAAACUGAGAUUUUAAUUAACUAUAUCCUGCAAGGUCUUCGUCACAGGCGUACAUAAGAGGUCAGGACAUGAUGGUUGUUCAUGAUCACAACAGCUGAGGACAGUUAUUUGAAACAGCUCUGUAUUUUACCUACAUGAAAAAAGUGUUUUAUUGCACUGAUAGUACUCCAAUAAAAUCUGUCUUGAUUGCACAGUUUGACAUGCGUUACUCUCUGUUAAAGGAAAAAAAAAAAAAGGACGAAAGAAAGACAUAAAGUUUUUUUUUCUGUUUUCUGUCUUAUCAGUUUGUGGCUUUGGCUGCCUUUCAGUAUGCAGUUGUUGACGUGGAUCAGAAAAAAGCACUGAAACAAGUUAUUAGGCACUCUUGUGGUUAAGAAAAUAACACAUGUACUAUAAUAAAUAUCCACCAGGGGUCACUGUUGGCUGUAACAAUUGGGCGUGAGACUGAAACAGAUCAGUGAUUAUUUAAAUAAAAAAAAAGUUUGAGUCCGCAGCCUGAAUGGCAAUGUGUAGUAAAAGUCAUUAAUAAACAUUCAAAACAAACUGAA